AUGUCUUCCACUACCACAGAAGUUUUGCAGCGAAAACCACGCAAUGUUGCGGUCAAUACAAAUCCUGAGCAUGGCCUCCACCUGGUCGAGUCAGAUGUUCCUGAGCCGGGCCCUAAAGACUGCCUCGUCCACGUUCGCGCCACAGGCAUCUGCGGCUCUGAUGUCCAUUUCUGGAAACAUGGAAAGAUCGGUGAUAUGAUAGUCGUCGGGGAGAACGGGCUUGGUCAUGAGAGUGCUGGUAUCGUGAUCAAGACUGGUAGCGAAGUGACUCGGUUCAAGCCAGAUGUGGUAUUCUUCUCGACGCCGCCGUAUGACGGAACCUUGCGCAGAUACCAUGUACAUCCCGAAGCAUGGUUACAUGCCUUGCCUGACCGUCUUUCGUAUGAAGAAGGCUCGCUACUGGAACCUCUUUCGGUCGCUCUCGCCGGUAUCGAUCGGUCAAACUUGCGGCUUGGUAGCGCACUUGUCAUCUGCGGAGCGGGCCCCAUUGGUCUAGUCACGCUGCUUGCUGCACAUGCUGCAGGUGCUGCUCCAAUUGUGAUAACGGACAUGGACGAAAAUCGCUUGCAAGUGGCCAAGAAACUCCUUCCACGUGUGCGUACGGUGAAAGUAGCCCGAGAAGAUGCUGCGAAAGACCUGGGAACGAGAAUAAUCGAGACGCUAGGGACAGAGGCCGAGCUGGUGCUGGAGUGCACUGGCGUGGAAUCUAGUAUCCAAGCGGGCAUAUAUGCAACACGGUUUGGAGGCUCCGUCUUCGUCAUCGGAGUUGGAAAGGACUUCCAGAACAUACCGUUCAUGCAUCUUUCUUCGAAGGAGAUCGAUCUGCGAUUUCAAUACAGGUACCACGACACCUAUCCGAAAGCUAUCAAUCUAGUCAACGAGGGAUUGAUCGACUUGAAGCCUCUGGUGACUCAUCGCUAUAAGCUAGACGACGGCGUGGAUGCUUUCGCGACGGCUUCGACUCCAGGUGCAAGGGCUAUCAAGGUGCAGAUCCUGGAUGAUUGA